AACAAUAAAAGAGCUUUCCAGGCCGCGUAACCAUGGAUCUGCUUGCGUCGCCCUUCAAAGGAGUCCUGCACGAUGUCAAAGGAAGAGCGGCUUGGUACAAGGACGACUGGCUUGCAGGGCUGCAUACCGGCUUCAGGAUUUUGGCACCUACCAUGUACAUAUUCUUUGCGUCUGCCCUGCCGGUCAUCGCCUUCGGAGAGCAACUGAGCCAUGAAACAAAUGGGAUGCUCAGCACAGUCGAAACAUUAGCAUCUACUGCGAUUUGUGGCAUCAUACAUUCGAUACUCGGCGGACAGCCAAUGAUGAUAGUUGGAGUUGCAGAACCUACCGUUAUCAUGUAUACGUAUCUCUACAACUUUGCCAAGAAGCAGCAAAGUAUUGGAGAAGCGCUAUAUUUAGCGUGGGCUGGAUGGGUCUGCAUAUGGACUGCAAUUAUGCUCUUUCUUCUAGCGACUUUCAAUGCUUCAAAUGUUAUAAGCAAAUUUACAAGGGUUGCAGGAGAACUUUUUGGGAUGUUGAUCACUGUACUCUUCCUACAAGAAGCUAGCAAGGGAAUUGUGAGAGAAUUCGGUCCUCCUAAAGGUGUUGACAAUGGUUCACCAAUACACCAGUUCCAAUGGAUGUAUCUCAAUGGCCUACUUGGUGUUAUCUUUUCAACUGGCUUACUAUACACUGCACUAAGAACUAGGCGUGCAAGAUCAUGGCUGUACGGCUUAGGCUGGCUGAGAAGUUUCAUCGCCGAUUAUGGUGUGCCACUCAUGGUGAUUGUGUGGACCGCACUGUCCUACGCAUUACCAAGCAAAGUUCCUUCAGGGGUCCCUAGGAGGCUAUUCAGUCCUCUUCCAUGGGAGUCAAGCUCACUACAGCAUUGGACCGUAGCAAAGGAUUUAUUCUCCGUCCCUCCAGCGUUUAUAUUUGCGGCAAUUCUGCCUGCAUUGAUGGUUGCCGGACUCUAUUUCUUUGAUCAUAGUGUAGCUUCACAGCUUGCUCAGCAAAAGGAGUAUAAUCUGAAGAAACCAUCUGCCUACCAUUAUGACAUUCUAGUCCUUGGAUUGAUGGUCCUGCUUUGUGGUUUAAUCGGCAUUCCUCCAUCAAAUGGAGUACUUCCACAGUCCCCCAUGCACACGAGAAGCCUUGCCGUCCUUCGGGGGCAGUUCCUACGCAAAAAAAUGGUUGAAACGGCCAAGGAGAGUGUGGGGAAUCGUGCUAGCAAGAUGGAAAUAUAUGGAAAGUUACACGAGGUAUUCAUCGAAAUGGACAACGAACAGAAUACGGGUUCCGUUGACAUGGAACUGAAGAGCUUGAAGGAAGCAGUGCUGCGAGAAAACGGUGAAGAUGGGGAGCAAACCGGAGAAUUUGACCCUCGGAAACAUAUUGAACCCCAUUUGCCUGUUCGAGUGAACGAGCAGCGGCUAAGUAACCUGCUGCAGUCGUUAAUGGUUGGUGGUUGCGUUGCAGCUAUGCCGGUUAUCAGGAUGAUACCGACAUCGGUGUUGUGGGGUUACUUUGCAUACAUGGCCAUAGACAGCCUACCCGGGAACCAGUUCUGGGAAAGGAUACAACUUAUCUUCAUCUCAUCAAGCCGCCGCUACAAGGUUCUUGAAGGUCCCCAUGCAUCUUUUGUUGAGUCAGUGCCUUCGAGAACAACAUCGGCCUUCACAAUCUUCCAAUUUGUCUAUCUACUGAUCUGCUUCGGCAUAACGUGGAUACCAAUAGCAGGGAUCUUGUUCCCGUUGCCUUUCUUCCUCAUGAUAGCCAUCCGGCAGCACCUGCUACCGAAGUUCUUCGAGCCGAGUGACCUACGGGAACUCGACACGGCCGAGUACGAAGAGCUUGAAGGAUUCCACCAGGAAGGGGAAGCUGGUUCCAACUUAGGGAGCUGCCACAGCAGCAUUGACGCCGAGAUGUUGGAUGAACUCACAACAAACCGUGGUGAGCUCAAGCACCGGACUGUCAGCAACCGUGAAGAGAGGCACCUCCAGGUGCAUUCAAAUGCAGUUCAGCCAAGCGUGUGAAGAACUGAAGAUAGAACUUAGGGCCGAGGGUGAAGAUAUUUGUCGUCAUGAUUCUAUACCCGGAACUGUUGUUCUUUGUGGUAAACAUACUAAUGUCCAUAGUAUAUGUAUACUACGACAGUACUCAACCGCCUUAAUGCUUCUUACUCUGUAAGAUAGAAUCCAAAUAAACAUUAGUCCAUACUAUACUGGCGAUCCCAGUAGUCCCC